AUGGCGACGCGCAGCUCGCGGCCGUCGCGCAUCGCUCUGGACGACGUCCAGGAGCCGACACGGCCCGCCGCUGUCUCGUCUCCUACUGCAACCACUGCUGACCUGUCGCUCUCUCCGAGUACGCAGCGCAGCAGCGACUACAGCGACGACGACUCGUCCACGGCCACGCUCCUGUCCCUCACGCACUCAGUCCGGGGCGAACGUCCGCUGCCGUCGCUCCACGCGCCGCUCAUUUUCCGCGACGUGCCGUUCUCUGUGGCGUUUCUGCUCCAUCUCGUGGCGCUGCUGCUGCUCACGGACCACAUCCGCUCGGCGCACGGGCCACGGAACGACCGCCGCGACGUCGUGGGCGAACUGCUGGACGACGACCUGAGCGAGACGGCGGACGCCUUUGACGUUGUCGUGACUCUGCGCUCGCUCUGCCUGGUCAACGCGCUCUUUUCACUGGGCUGGCUGCUCGUGUUUGUCGUCGGCAGCAAGCGGCGCUUCGUGCAAGGCUCGUGUCUCUUGGCCUUCGUGGGGCUCUCGACGCUUGCCGUGUUGCUGCUGUUUCGACUGGACUCUGUCUACGCUCUUUGCUGGGGACUGCUUGUUGCUGGCACUGUGGCGCUUGACGUGGCGUGGUACGUGCGCUGCAACGGCGGGCUGGACUUUGUCGCAGUGUUCUUUGACCUCGUUGUGGACUUUUUGACGACGCAUCCGGCGCUCGGAUAUGCUACAUGCACGACACUCGGAGUCUAUACUGCGUGGGCCAUUUGGGUCUGCACGACGAUUGGGUAUGUCGAGCACGAGGCGUCGCUGUGGGGCUUUGUCAUGGCGUACCUCGCCUUUCACUUUUACUGGACGUCCAAUGUGCUGAAGAACGUUCUCACUGUGGUCGUGUCCGGCACGACCAUGAUCUGGUACUACCGAAACGAGCCAAGUGAGAUAUCGCCUGACGGACGUGAGAGCGUCACAGACAGUGACUGUCCUCGCGGCGAAACCUCUGACCACGCACAGCAAGAUGUAACGACGGACCACCUCGACCGCAAGGUCGUGCUGCACUACGCGCGAUGUGCGUUGUCAAGUUCGUUCGGCUCCAUUUGUAUCGGCUCCAUGCUGUGCCCUAUAGGUCACCUUGUGUGGAGCGCCCUACGCUGGGCCCGACGAGACGAGUCGGUUCUGUCACGAUGGUUUCUGUUGCUACGCUCGGAGCGAGUGGAGCACUUUAUCCGCACGUACCACAAGUAUUCGUUCGUGCACAUCGCGGGCUACAACAAGCCGUACUACGUGGCAGCACACGAUUCAUGGAAACUGAUCGAAUUCGACGGCGUGGAAGCAAUUGUCGAUGACGAUUUGACCAGCCGCGUCUUGUUGUUUGGUGCUAACGGCUGGGCUGGCGUCAUGAGUGCGCUGACUGCGUUGGCACUGACGGGUACUUCGACACACGCGACUUUCUGUACAAUGGUGGCAUUCGCACUGUGCUACACGACUGUUUCGUUGGCGACGCAAGUGAUUGCAGCGGUCAUCAAGACACUGUUUGUUUGCUUUGCCGAGAAUCCGGAACGGCUCAGCCAGCUGCACCCACUUAUUUACCACCGCUUUGUGCGACUCGCGGAGCUCAAGAGCUUUCACGACCACAAGGCACCAGUCGGGUAUCGUGCUUCGCCUGAUACCCAGUCGUGA